CCCCCCCCCCCCCCCCCCCCAAUACAAAAGGAGUGUUAUAUUUUGUUUUGAGAGGCAUGAGUGUGUAGCGGUGUGGGCCUCCGAAAUGUGGAAGGCGGUUUGCAGUGAGGCGUGUCUUUUUUUUUUUUUUGAGGGACUCGAUCGGGUUGGGGAGGGUGGUAGAGUUGCAAACGUUUUUGUUCACUCGAGGCCUUUGUCACCUGACUGGAGAUGGCAAAAAAAAUAAAAUAAAACCACGAAACAAAAUGGACAAAAACUGCAAACUACGUCUGGUUUUCUGUCUCUGAUGUACGCUGUAAAGGUGCAGUCACGGUCUCAAAGGGAUGAUGUUGGUGACGCACGAUGGACAUAAAGUGUUAAAAUCAUAGUAAAAAUAUAUCAAUAAAGUUGUACCUUUUGUAGUUUGUGCUGAAAGCUGCUGAGAGGUGUAUUGUACUGUGGAUGUCUGGAUGACUUUAAGGUUGGAAACGAGUAAUCUGCAAAAACAAGCACUUUUGAUGAAAUGCAUGUUAGAAGUUUCAGGUUCAAGAAAAUACACAAAUGAAAAGUCCUGGUCCAGAUUUGUACUUCAGUUAUAUGUGUUAGUGAGACUUAACUCCAGUAUCAAGUGUUAUAAGUAAACGGGUGUUGUGGGUCACAUGACGUCAUGUUUUCUUAUCCCUUAAUCAUCCUCUUCAAGGUGACAAACGCCUAUUAAAUAAACAUGGACACAUAUUGAGCUGUUGGGGCUCUAGAACCAAGAAAAACACCUGGACUUAAGUUUAUUUUGCACUGCAGGUGUUGGAGGAAAAAAGCUUCUUGCAGCUGCAGAUCCACAGUGACUCAGACUUACAAAACAAUAUGUAGGAAACAUGGUGACUCGCAUGAAAAGACUAGUUUCAGACUCCGACUCGCCCUGCCUGAAGGUCCCCAGUAGUGGUGGAACUUGAGUGGAAAGAAGGAUGCAUGCUAACCGCCUGACCAGUCACAGUUUCGCUGACUCAUCAGGAGGGAUUUCAUUUUGAGUGUUCAUACAAAUGCAGCUGAAUGAACAGGGCUGGUCUGAGGCCCUGUGUGUGUGUGUGUGUGUGUGUGUGUACACACGUCGUGAAUGAUUGACCAGGCUCAGCAGGUUUAUUAUCGGGGUGUGUUUGGGCUGUGAAAGACCCUUUGGACUUUUCGUCCCACAAAAAAGGCAAAACCUCCACUAUAAAUCUCUUAUUUUAAGACGCAACUUCAUUUAAUUUAAAUAAACCUGUCAGUAUUGUUGUUAAAAUAAAAAUACGACUCAUAAAUAUGAGUUCGGUCACUUCAGAACUCGUUAAUCGAGCUAUUUUUCCGGAUUCCUGUGUUUAUUUUCCCUCUUCUCUGCAGCCAUACUGGGGUUACCAUAUAUGGUAAGGGCGUUGCACGCGGCGCCAUCCGCGUCACAGCUACGUCACCUCCGGUUCUCCCUUUCACGUCCGAUCGUUCAACAUGGCGCCGCUCAAACAGAAAAGACCAACUGUCAGCAGGAAGUCCAAAAAGGGAGCUGCAUGGAAGUUCACCUUGGACCUGACCCACCCUGUGGAGGAUGGGAUCCUGGACUCUGCAAGCUUUGAAACCUUCCUCAAAGAGAGGAUUAAGGUCAACGGGAAGACAGGUAACCUGGGCAACGUGGUCCAGGUCGGCCGCAUGAAGAACAAGAUCAACGUCACGUCUGAGAAGCAGUUCUCCAAAAGGUAUCUGAAGUACCUGACGAAGAAGUACCUGAAGAAGAACAACCUCCGUGACUGGCUGAGAGUCGUGGCGUCCGACAAGGAGACGUACGAGCUGCGUUACUUCCAGAUCAGCCAGGACGACGAAGAGGAGUCGGAGGCAGACGAGUAAACGUCUGGAGAAUAAAUGUGGAAAAAUAA